CAGGGCGACGAGCCUGGGUUGGACGACGUUGCCCAGCAGAUUUUCUUGGCCGACCGCUGGGCGCAGCUGAAGGCGAGCAAGGACAAGCUCCUCCUCUUCAUCCUCCAGGCGUGCGCCCCGUUCCUGGCCGCGCUCCAGCCCGAUCGGCGCGACCUUGUGUGCCUGGAGGUGAUUGGGUCCACGUCUAUCUCCGAGGAGUGCAGCUUGUUCGGCCCGAGCAUACCCUACAACGACCUCUACGGCCGCCAGCACGACGUCUUGGGGGACGAGGGCUUCGCGCACCUCCUCGAGCUGAGCCUACGCGUCCAGCAGGGGGGCACCGUGUUCUUUACGCCCUUGACUGCGACAUGGCUCCCCUCGGACGCAGCCGCGCAGUCGAGGACCAAAGAGAACCCAGGGGGGGACAUUAGCCAGCAGCUCAUACACGACGCGAACCUCCAGGCAAAACCAUCAAGCUACGAGUUCCAAGCUGCGCCCGCGAUCAGAGGCGCAUUCAUGCCAGAGUUUCCGAUUCAGUUCGUUCAGAAGUGCGCCGAGAUCAUUCGCGGCCUCUACAUGGCAGAUCCAGCCAACCAGGCCCCGACG